AUGACGACGCAGCAGGAGCAGCUGUCUCGGCUAGGAGGCUCGACUGGAGUCCACCACCAUCGACUCGACUUCCGAUUACCUACGACGAAUACAGCAAUGUCUCCACCCCAGUGGCAAGACAGGUCUGGACUGCCUCCUCACGAUCAGCAACAACAACAACAACAACAACAACAACAACAACAACAACAACAACAACAACAAUUGCCCAUAUGGCAACACCACUACCACAACCCGCAAAAUCAAAACCAGCAGCAACAGCUGCUGCAGUACCUCUACCAAAAACCCCUUCCUCCUCCUCCGCCACCAUCUCAUUCGCCGCCGCCACCUCCACCGUCCUCGUCAGCGCCACAAACGCGACAGUACCGCCAACCAGUACCGUCUCCGAACCGAUCCAGGUCCCCGCUUAGACAGCGAACGUUUCCGAAUACGGCUCCAAAUGCACAAACGCUACCGCCUCCGCGACAUUUACACCACCGUCAGACAUCUGGUAGCAGCCUGUCGAACCGCGGCCGACCGCCUCCCUCGAAUCCCGGCCCCUGCGCCGUCGAACUGUGGAAUCGCGGCGUUCCCAGCCCGCACCAGCAACAAUAUAACCCUUCGACCCCAUCACCGCGCAUGACCGAGUUUGAAUUCUUCGAUGGUUCACAGCUAGCCGAGUCUUCCGAUUCCGACUCUGAUUUUGCCCCUAAACAAGCACCGCAACCCCGCGGGCAUGGACGGUCGAUGAGCCACCCUUUUCCAUCGCUGUUUUCUUCUAGUAAAAAGAAAAGAAGCCCUGCGCCACGGGCUUAUUUUGAUUCUCGAAGCAGCAGCGAGGACUCCAUGGACGGCAGCGGUCUUAUGCUGGCGGCAUCCAAAGGUGGCGCCGCGCCGCGCAUUUCGCCGCAGAAGCAGAGUCUCGGCGGCGGUGCAGGCAAGGAUUUGACAACAGGGAACUGCAUGACCUGCGGCUCCCUGGUGCGGUGGCCAAGGGAUCUCAAUGUGUUCAAAUGCACCAUAUGCCUCACCGUCAACGACCUAAAGCCGCUGACGCCUGGGGAGACGGGUACGGGGCGCUCGCGGGAUGAGGGAGGCCCUUUGUCGCAGUAUUCACAACCGGUUUCUUUGGAACACACCAAGCUGCUGAUAAGACAAUGCUUGCGUAACUUUGUGGCUUCGGCGCUGGCACCGCAUGCAAAUAUUCAACAAAAUACUCAGGCUUCAUUGCCUAUAACGAUGCCCCAGAAUGGACCCGGGAGGCCGCAUGCCGCGACAAGUGAUAACGAAAAUCAAGAGCCUAGCCUCUUCACUCCGGAGCUCGUUGAGAGCCCGUUUCUGGAAGCACCCAGCUCAUUUCCCAACCAAGGCCUACUCCCGCCGAGAUCUUAUUCGACAUCAUAUCCUGAUCAGCGCCCUAGAAUGGAAGGGCUCUUGAGGCAACCGGAUAAGCAGCUUAGCAACGGUACAGGUCAUGAGCUUGAUCCCAAGAAGAUGUUCAAGCCGCUCGAAGACUAUUUAUUCACGUGCUUCACGUCUUAUCGCUGCUUGCAGUUUUCUUUUGGCGGCACGCGUGGAUUGAACUCGCAGGCCCGUCACGUGGAUGAUACCCGAAGACGGACCCCUGAACGGGCUCAAGACAGACAGGCUGAACCACGGCACGUGCGCUCACAUAGCCGCUCACAUAGUAAGGUCUCGUCAGGAGCGGCUGAAGAACCAAUAACAGAACUUGACGCCAAGUUACUGUUGUUAGGUGACUUUGCUGAGAACGGCUCCUGGUGGACCGGUGGCCAGGACGAGGUUCCCCGUAGAGGAUCUUCGGCCGGGAUUCGGCCGGAAGGAAUAUCGACUGCCCCGACGCCAACAACCAAAUCGCCCGGGGUGGACUGGUCGGAGAUGGAGGAGUGGUACAACACCGUCAUAAACGCCGCGCAACCCUGGAAGGCAGUGUACGACGGAAUGGUCGCAGGUGGCCAGCUCAGCCCGGCACCAGAGGCAGACCUUGGCCGACUGGAAGCCCAGAUAUUGGCUGGACAAGACCAUGCCCAGCGCACGCUACUGAAGGCUACCGAAACACUACUGAAGCGACCGGGACGCCCAUUGACCGACCCUGGCGAUCUGAGGUUCCUCUUGCUGAUCUUGUCGAAUCCGCUCCUCGCAGCCAGAUGUCGCAAGUUCACAGGACACUACGGCCAUCUUUGUGAAAAGGACAGGAGCGAUGGUGGUAGUAGUUGGAGUGACAUACCUCGCGGUACAGGGCCCGCGUCCGGGCAACAUUCAGGGAUCAUCAAGCGGAUCUUGGGGUUAAUGUCGAACUCUUCGAAUGACUGCCACAAUCAGCUUGUGGCUUGGCUAGCGAGAUUCCCCGAGUCUCGGUUCACAGACUUUAAAGAUUUUGUUAGCGGGUUCAUGGCGUAUCGCCUGAACCGGCAGAACGAAAAGAAACACGACUUCAAAUUCGACGUGACGGAUGGUUUAAUACCUAAUGUUUCUGCUGGUCGUUCGGUGGCAACACUCCACGCCGCCCUGGGUCCAUCUUCAGGCUCAGGCAAGAAGCAAAAGGAAAAGCCAAAGAGGAAAAUAGCGUACGACGACUGGCAGGUUAAGGCAGCCGCCCGCGUCAUGACGCUAAUCUUUUCUGCAAACAAUACACACUAUUCGCGUCGCAAUCCGCAGGACCAGGGGUUCUCACAUCUAAAUGCAGACUCGAUGAGGGCAAAGGGUCGAGUACACGCACGUGGCCAGCUGUUGCCCACAUCCGACUUUUACAUGGCGCUACUAGACGAUUCGGAACUGACCCAAGACUUUGAAGCAUGGGAGACGAAGCGCGCCAAGUUUUCAUUCUGCCAGUAUCCAUUCCUGCUGUCUGUAUGGGCCAAAAUACAGAUCCUGGAGCACGAUGCCAAGCGCGAGAUGGACAAGAAGGCGAGAGACGCCUUCUUCAACAGCAUAAUGAGCAGGCGGUCUUUCGACCAGUAUCUAUACCUCAAUGUACGGAGGGACUGCCUGGUGGAAGAUAGCCUGAAGGCAGUAAGUGAAGUGAUUGGGAGCGGCGGCGAGGACAUCAAGAAAGGUCUGCGAAUCGCAUUUAGGGGCGAGGAGGGUGUUGAUGCCGGCGGCCUGAGGAAGGAGUGGUUUUUGCUGCUCGUCCGGGAGGUCUUCAACCCGGAUCAUGGCCUUUUUGUCUACGAUGAUGAUUCACAGUACUGUUAUUUCAACCCCAACUCUUUCGAAACGUCGGAUCAGUACUUUUUGGUAGGAGUCGUGUUUGGUCUUGCGAUUUACAACUCGACAAUUUUGGAUGUCUCAUUCCCGCCAUUUGCCUUUCGGAAACUACUCGCAGCGUCACCGCAACCGUCGGGGGCAGCACCAGCCCACUCCCGGCCGCCCAUGACCUACACUCUAGAAGACUUGGCAGAGUUUCGCCCCAUGCUGGCUAAGGGCCUGCGGCAGUUGCUCGAGUUUGAGGGAGACGUGGAGGAAACCUUUUGCUUGGACUUCGUGGUUGAUGUGCCAAAGUAUGGCUCAGUCGAGCGGGUACCGCUGUGUCCAGGGGGUGAAAGACGAGCGGUGACGAACGCAAACCGGAGAGAAUACGUGGACCUACAUGUCAGGUACCUCCUGGACACAGCAGUGGCGCGGCAGUUUGAUCCGUUCAAGCGCGGUUUCUUCACGGUUUGCGGGGGCAACGCGCUUUCGCUGUUUCGGCCUGAAGAAAUUGAGCUUCUUGUGAGGGGCUCCGAGGAGACAUUGGACGUGGUUAGCCUCAAGUCUGCAGCCGAAUAUGACGGCUGGAGGAGGAAUAAUAAAAAGCGGCCGGACGAGUCCUCGCCACCAGGGGGCGAUGGGAGCGAAGUGGCCGAGGAGGUGCCAACGCUGCGCUGGUUCUGGGACAGCUUCCAGAGGGCGUCGGCGGAGGAUCAGCGGAAGUUGCUCGUCUUCAUCACGGGCAGCGACAGGAUACCCGCCAUGGGCGCGGCCAGCCUCAGCAUCAGAAUUUUGUGCCUGGGUGACGACUGCGACCGGUACCCGACGGCGAGGACAUGUUUCAACACGCUAGCACUGUGGCGGUACCAGACCAAGGAGAAGCUGGAGCGGAUGCUGUGGGGAGCCGUGUUUGAAAGUGAGGGGUUUGGACUGAAGUAA